UAAGAUGCUCCAAGUCCCUUGCAGUUCUCUUCAGAAAAAAAGUCACUAGUGCUCUGCUCUUGCCAUAAUACCAAACCUUUUUGACUUAUACUUUGGUGCCGCAACACUGGAAGAUUUGCACACAGGUUCCAGGAAUAAUUUUUUUUUUUUAAUUUUAUUUGAGUGAUUCCUUGUGGAUGGAAAAAGAUUUGAGUCUUAAUAAUUACCUUGUUUUAAAGCUAUUUCUCUAUAGUCUGAACUGCUUAAUAAAUUGGGCCACUUACCAAUGAGCCACACAGCCAGUUCUUGUCAAGAGCUGGUUGAAAACUGUGCUGUGCAUGUAGCAGGGAUGGCACAAGAAGAUAGCCGUCGUGGCCAAGUGCCAUCUACGUUUUAUCAUGGUGCCAACCAAGAACUUGACCUGUCCACCAAAGUGUACAAAAGGGAAUCAGGAAGUCCUUAUUCUGUGUUAGUGGACACCAAGAUGAGCAAACCGCAUCUCCAUGAAACAGAGGAAGAGCCGUAUUUCAGGGAGACGAGAGCAGUGUCUGACGUGCAUGCUGUUAAAGAAGACCAGGAGAAUUCUGAUGACACGGACGAGGAGGAAGAAGAGGAAGAAGUCUCUUACAAAAGGGAGCAGAUCAUAGUAGAGGUAAACCUUAAUAAUCAAACAUUAAAUGUGUCUAAAGGGGAAAAGGGUGUCUCUUCACAGUCCAAAGAGACUCCUGUUCUUAAGACAAGCAGUGAGGAGGAAGAGGAAGAAAGUGAGGAAGAGGCCACAGAUGACAGCAAUGACUAUGGAGAGAAUGAAAAGCAGAAGAAAAAGGAGAAGAUGGUGGAGAAAGUCAGCGUUACACAAAGGAGAACGAGGAGAGCUGCCUCUGUUGCCGCAGCUACCACUUCCCCUACUCCCAGAACUACAAGAGGUCGUAGGAAGAAUGUAGAGCCACCUAAGCGUAAGAAGCGGGCCACAAAGGAGCCCAAAGCACCAGUCCAGAAAGCUAAGUGUGAAGAGAAAGAGACUCUGACCUGUGAGAAGUGCCCCAGGGUAUUUAACACUCGCUGGUACCUGGAGAAGCACAUGAACGUUACUCACAGGCGCAUGCAGAUUUGUGAUAAGUGUGGCAAGAAGUUUGUCCUGGAAAGUGAGCUGUCCCUUCACCAGCAAACAGACUGUGAAAAAAACAUUCAGUGUGUUUCCUGUAACAAAUCAUUCAAGAAACUCUGGUCCCUUCAUGAACAUAUCAAGAUUGUCCAUGGAUAUGCAGAAAAGAAGUUUUCCUGUGAAAUUUGUGAAAAGAAAUUCUAUACCAUGGCUCACGUGCGGAAACACAUGGUUGCACACACGAAAGACAUGCCAUUUACAUGUGAAACCUGUGGAAAGUCAUUCAAACGCAGUAUGUCACUCAAGGUGCACUCCUUGCAGCAUUCUGGAGAGAAGCCCUUCAGGUGUGAGAACUGCGACGAAAGGUUUCAGUACAAGUACCAGCUGCGCUCCCACAUGAGCAUCCACAUUGGGCACAAGCAGUUCAUGUGCCAGUGGUGCGGCAAGGACUUCAACAUGAAGCAGUACUUCGACGAGCACAUGAAAACACACACUGGAGAGAAACCCUUUAUCUGUGAAAUCUGUGGCAAAAGCUUCACCAGCCGCCCCAACAUGAAGAGGCACCGCAGAACUCACACAGGCGAGAAGCCCUAUCCAUGUGACGUGUGUGGCCAGCGGUUCCGCUUCUCCAACAUGCUUAAGGCCCACAAGGAGAAGUGCUUUCGAGUGACCAGCCCCGUGAAUGUGCCGCCUGCUGUUCAGAUCCCACUCACCACUUCCCCAGCCACCCCAGUUCCUUCGGUGGUGAACACACCCACGACCCCCGCCCCUCCAAUCAGUAUGAACCCCGUAAGCACUCUUCCCCCUCGGCCCAUCCCCCACCCCUUCUCGCACCUUCACCUCCACCCGCACCCUCACCACCCGCACCACCUUCCCAUCCCUCCAGUCCCUCACCUCCCCCCGCCUCCGGCUCUCUUUAAGAGUGAGCCUUUAAAUCACAGAGGCCAGAGUGAGGACAACUUUCUGCGGCACCUGGCAGAGAAGAACAGUUCAGCCCAGCAUCAUUAACAUCCGUCUCCUUAAGUGUGUUCUCCGGGAGUUACGUUCCCACGUGUGAGUUGGCAGAGGGAGUCGGUGAGCAUUUCUGUAGUUCUCAGGCUCUCCUCAGCCCCCACCAGGGGCUUUGUCAUUGUCUUGGUGAAUCACCAGGUCCAAGAGAAUGAACAAGACGACUACCCUGAGCUCACGGAGGAAACUGUCUUCUAAACCAGGGGAACCACCGAACUGAAGCCCAAUUUGCUUGCAUUUUCUGGUGACUUUUAUAAGUUUCAAAUACUCAGACUUGUGGAAUUUUAUAAUUUCAUAUCAGCUGAUGAGGUAUGCUUGCUUUUAUAUCCUGGACUUCUCCUCAAAGAGGGGAUAGGCCUGGUUUCCUUUGUACUAAUCGGGAAGGCUGUGAGAUUAAUCCAGAGCAUUAAUUGUAUCACUGUGUAUCGUAAGGAAUUCUUUUCAGCUUUUGGUGCUGGCUACAGAGUGGAGCUGGCUAUGUUUCACAGUAUAUCAAGCAUUAUAGAGAAAGAUGGAAAUUUUCUUCUUUGUGUAGCUCUCCUAACGCACUCUUUAUUUUACUACAGAAAUUAUUUUAGAGUUUUUGUAUAGACUUCUUUAGUAGUCUGUUUCUAAAAUGAAAUGUAUUUCAAUAAGCGGUGUAAUUUUUUCAGUGUAGCUGAACCUAUGUUGUAAAAUAGAAAAAAAUUUUAUAAUCAUCAAAAUGUGAUUCUUAAAGAUACAUAUAACUUCUAUAAUUCAAAGUUAUUCUUACAUCCGUACAACUCAAAGGUGCUUCAGAGACUAGAUGUGUCUGAGAGAGUCUCCAGACCAGGUUACUGCAAAAAUGACGUUUUGCUUUUAGAACUUGGCAUAAGUACUUGGUAGUUUUGAAAUCUCUGCUUAACACUCAAAAUAUCUGUUAGACUCACUGACAUGCUCCUGUCCUCCGUGUGCCAUUUGGCUCAGUUAGUGCAUUAAAUAAAAUGAUUUGCAGGGGAUUGGGCCUUUUCCGGGGAAGUCACCUAAAGCUUGCAUGUUUUGAAAAUUUGAGUAAGGCUGUUCACCGCCAAGAGGAGGAAGUAGUGGAGAUUGUUUCUUCUCAGUCACAUCUGUUUGUCACUGCCCUUAGGAACUGGUUCAUGUUUUACUUUUAUGGGAUGACAAAUUGAAAUCUCUCAAUUUGAGGUUGGUUUAUUUUUCUAGAAUUGUUAUGAGAAGCUAAAAUAGUAAACUAAAAUCACAAACAUGAUGUUGCUGAUAGUGGUUGAGCAAUUUGGGUGAGAAGACAAAUUGAUUAUAAAUUUUAAAAUGUCUGUUAUAUAUAAAAUGUGGGUAUGUCCACAACUUUGAGCUGUUUUAACACAGUUUAAAUUGUAUUGGGGAAAAACUGAGUUUUGCUGUCCUGUCCUCUGCAAAUAAUUAUGUGAUACCAGCAUUCUUAGGUGAUAGAGAAAGAGCACCUCUGAUACCUUUAGGCAGGUUAGUUUUUCAAGUUCAGGAAACUUCAAAAGAGCAUGGUGAACCAGGAGCUUAUAGGAAAGACUGGACAGAAGGGCUAAUGUAUUGAGUACAUUUAACUGAUCCAAUUUAUCCAGACUCAGUAUAGCUUAAAAUUUUGUAUUUCUUUAUCUCAGAGAACUGAGUUCCCAGGCUAGGUCGUUCCCUUACCUUUUUUUUUUUUAAAGAGAUGAGGUCUCACUAUGUUGCCCAAACCAGAGUGCAGUGGCUAUUCACAGGUGCAAUCAUAGCUCACUGCAGCCUCGAACUCCUGGGCUCAAGCGAUCCUCCUGCCUCAGCCUCCCGAGUAGCUGGGACUACAGGCACAAGCGCCUGCUCCCAGUCCUCUUUUUAGUCUUGAAAUCUCUUCAUUUUUCUUUCCUCAGGCUCUUAAAUCAUUGCCUGAAUCAGAACCCUGGCUUUUAUUUAUUUUUUAUUUUUAAUAUUAAAUGUGCAGAUAUGCUUCAAGCACUUUUCUAGCUGAUUAACUCUGUGGUAGGAAAAAAUGGAACUCCUUCAAUUGAUGUUAAGUCUCUAUUUUUAAAAUGUCACAUUCUCUAUUAGCUUUUUGGUUUAAUGUUUUUAAAUUUUCUCCUUCCGAUUUUGCCUGUCUUUUGUAAUGAGCAUAGGAAAAAUUUGGAAUGAGGCAGAAAAUUAUCUCAAGACAUAUUUUUCUUCCUGUUUUUGGAUGUAAGUUUUAAAGAAUGGUAUUUUUAAUAUUUGUAUGCAUUCUUUGAGCACCCAGGUACCCAAGCCAAUAAGGAAAGCUAAUUCCUUGCUUAAGACUGUUAUAACUUUAGUGGUUGUCUCCCCUAACCUCCACAAUCUCCUUAGCAUUCCGGAACAAGUUUGUAAAUCUACACUUUUAUAUAGACAUAUCAUUAUUUCAUGGUCAAGCCUGUAGUACUAAAAUGAUUUUUUUUAAAAAAAGAUGUAAA